AUGGCCGAAGAAACGAACCCCCCAGCUCCUACGGCCGACAAGCCCGUCGAACCGGCCGCCGACGCCGGCCCUUCGAAGAAGGCUGCCAAGAAGGCCGAGGCCAAGGCGAAGAAGGAGGCUCUCAAGGCCCAGCGCGCUGCUGAGCGAGUUGCCGUCGCUUCAGCCAGCAACGAGCCCGAAGAAGACCCCUCCAAAGACUACUACGGUGCUGCCACGCCGGCUCUGCUCACCAGCUUUUCGCCCGAUGCCGAGGACGUCAGCCUGAAGUCCAUCAACGAAUCGCACGUUGGCAAGAAGGUCGUCAUCCGGGCAUGGCUCCAGAACACGCGCAUGCAGGGCGCCAAGAUGGCCUUUGUCGAGCUGCGUGAGGAGGGCAAUUGGGCCAUCCAGGGCAUUGUGUCUGCCACCGGCGAUGCCAAGGCCGAGGGCGACUCAACGCCCGUCAUCAGCAAGCGCAUGGUCAAGUGGGUGGGCGCUGUCAACCCCGAGAGUUUCGUCACCGUCGAGGCGACCGUGGAGAAGCCCUUUGCGCCCGUCAAGAGCUGCCGCGUGACCGAUUUCGAGCUGCACAUCUCUAAGCUGUUUAUCGUUUCUGCUGCUCCCGCGACCCUGGGCAUGACUUUGGCGGCAGCGAACCGUGCCGUUACCAACUUUAGCGAUGAGGAGGUCAAGCCGGAGGAGGCUGCUCAAGAGAAGGAGGCUGAAGGCGGUCCUCCGGCAGCGUCUAUGCUGACUCACUUGGACAACAUUGUCAUGCACAAGCGCUCUCCCGUCCAGCAGGCCAUUGCUGAUAUCCGAGUCGAGGCCAAGCACCUGUUCCGCUCAUAUCUGCGUGACCAUGGAUUCAAAGAGUUUGAGCCCCCGUGUCUCAUCGGAGCCGCUUCAGAAGGUGGUGCCAACGUUUUCGCCAUGCCAUACUUCAACCAAAAGGCCUACCUGGCCCAGUCACCGCAGUUUUAUAAGCAAUUCGAGAUUGCUGGUGGUCGAAAGCGCGUCUUUAGCAUUGGACCAGUGUUCAGAGCUGAGAACUCCAACACUCCGAGACACAUGACUGAGUUCACUGGUCUCGAUAUGGAGAUGGAAAUCCGAAAAGACUACAAGGAGGUCCUUCACAUGCUGGAAGGCGUUCUUUUGCACAUCUUCCGCGGCAUCAAGGAACAUUGCGCUGCCGAGGUCGAACUCAUCCGUUCCGUUUAUCCUUCCCCGGAGCUUCUCCUCCCCGAACCUGGAAAGGAAGUGCGCUUGACAUUCGCAGAGGCCCAGAAGCUGCUCCGAGAGGAAGGCCCCGAAGAAUUCCGCAACGUUCGCGACGACGAAGAUAUGUCAACACCUCAAGAGAAGGCAUUGGGCGCGCUGGUUCGUGAAAAGUACAAGACCGACUUCUUCGCAGUCGACAAGUUCCCCGAAGCCGCGAGACCCUUUUAUGCCAAGGUCGACCCGGCCAGCAAGCCCGACGAGCCAGUGACAAACGCGUUCGACAUGUUCUUGCGUGGACAAGAGAUCUUGUCCGGUGGUGAACGUAUUGCCAACCCAGAUGAGCUUGAGGCCCGCAUCCGCUCCAAGGGUGUCGACCCUACCAGCUCUGGUAUUAAGGAGUACAUCAAUGUCUUCCGCGAGGCCGGUGUACCUCCUCACGGUGGAGGUGGUAUUGGUCUCGACCGUGUGGUUGCAUGGUAUCUUGCCUUACCCAGCGUGCAUUUGGCCGCAUAUUACCCACGAACACCCAAGAGAUUGUUGCCAUAG